AAUAACCUAGCCUACACAGGUCUAACUCUGAUAAUUAGGUGGUUGUUUUGUUCAGAUUUUGUGUAGACUCGAUUGUCCAAUAUCUACCACGUGACUCGCGGCAUGGUCGUUUCACAAUGGCGGACAAAAGUAUUCGAGUACCUCCCAUGUUGUGGGCUCAAAGAAAAGACAGAAUAUGGUUAACAAUACAAUUAGAAAAUGUUAAAGAUUCUCAAAUUGAUUUGACAGAUAAAAAACUACAUUUCAAAGCUAAGGGAGGCCACGAUAACGUACUACAUGAAGUGGACUUAGAAUUUUAUAGUGAUGUCAUUCCAGAGGACUCGAAGAAUCAUAAUAGUGGUCGUGAUAUAAUUUUUCUUAUAAAGAAAAAAGAUCAAGAUGCUGGCUACUGGCCAAGACUCUUAAAAGACACAAAAAAGCCCCAUUUUUUGAAAACAGAUUUUGAUAAAUGGAAGGAUGAAGAUGAUUCUGAUGCUGAAGAUAAUGAGAAUUACGGUUUAGAUGAUAUGAUGGGUUCAAUGGGAGGACUACCUCCAGGGAUGAUGAAUCAGAUGGGAGGAUUUUCACCAGGAGAUGAGGAUAAAGAAAAUGAAGAAGAUAGUGAUGAUGAUGAUUUACCCGACUUGCAAUGAUAAAGUUGUCAGCACAACUAUAAAACCAUCUUUUUAAGUAUCCGUUAUCCAAGUGUUGACAGACAAUUAUGGAAGUGUUUAUUUCAGAACAUGAUGUAUUACAAAGAUCAAAGGACAACAUGACUUGAUCCAUCUUAGUUCGAAAUUUGAACGUUGAGAAAAUAAGAUAAUUUCAUGGUCGUCGUAGGCAAAUUGUAUCUCGUCUAGUAUCUUCGUAUUAAUCCUUUUAUAAAGAUUGUUAUUCUGUAUGUUUAAAUUGUUUGUGUUUCUUGUUUGAUUUGUGGGGAUGGGGGAGGGGAACGGGGGGAAUGCUUUAAAGCCCGUUAACUGUAUUGUUUCAAUCAUUUGGAUUUAUUGUUAGCUUUUAAAGAAAUUAUUUUAUUAAAAUACAACAUGACUAGGGUUGGCCGAAAGGUUUAACGUGUGGUUCUUAGAUCAUAACCCUGUCAUUGAGUCAAGUGGUGUGACUUCGAUUCCCUGAUUCUACAUGACAAGAAGUAGAGUUGUCUGUCCAUCCUCGUGGCUUUUCUCUGGGCCCUCCAGUUUCCUCCCACCGCUAAAGUUCCCCACGUAAUACUGAACCAAAAUGAACCAUAUGUUAGUCCUGAAAUGACCUAGUUUGUGUCAAGAAUAUGAUAAACCCUUAUUUUUGAUUUGGAAAGAAUUCUGUUAACCUCAUUCAUUAUAUAAAGAAAAAAAAGAAUUAAGUCGAAUUUUUGGUUUUUAUUCAUAAUAAUAUUCAAAUUAUAUGGGCAUAUAUUAUAUUGAAUUUUAUUAGGGCAUCAUAUUACUGAAUUAUAUUCCUUGAUCAUGUGAAUUUCAAGACCCAGGGACAAAGACUAUCAAAUGCAUUGUUUAAUAUCAAUAUUUUUUUUGCACACUAAAUACGUAAUAAUGAAGAUACGAAGAUAAUUAAUGUUAUUUUAAUUCUAUUUCUCAUACUGAGAAUAAAUUGUUCAUUUUCAUAUAA